AUGAAAGAUCUUGGAGAGUUAAAGUUUUUUCUGGGAAUAGAAUUCUCAAGGUCUCAUAAAGGAAUUUUAAUGAACCAAAGAAAGUAUGCCUUGGAGCUGAUAGGAGACUUAGGCUUGAGUGGUUCAAAGCCAGCCUGGACACCUUUGGAGUUCAACCAGAAAUUCACAACAAAGGAACUAGAUGACCUCACAGGAAUCAGUGAUGAUGAGCCCUUAGAGGAUAAGGGAAAAUAUCAAAAACUGAUUGGAAAGCUCUUAUAUUUGACACUGACCAGGUUGGAUAUAGCAUUUGCAGUUCAGACUCUCAGCCAGUUCAUGCAACAACCAAAAAAAUCUCAUUGGGAAGCAGCCUUAAGAGUAGUCAGAUAUAUUAAGAGGGAACCCGGAAUGGGAAUUUUAAUGAGCAGCAGUGGAGACAACACAUUGACAGCAUUCUGUGAUGCUGAUUGGGCAUCAUGCCCUAAUACCAGAAAGUCUGUGGCAGGAUUCUUGGUAAAUCAUGGAGAAUCACUUAUUUCCUGGAAAUCAAAAAAACAAAAUACUGUCUCAAGGAGCUCUGCUGAAUCAGAGUACAAAAGUAUGGCUUCAACAUGUUCAGAGUUAGUGUGGCUGACUGGAUUGUUUGAAGAGCUGGGAGUAGAAAUAAGAAGCCCAUUGCACUGUAUUAUGAUAGUCGAGCAGCCUUGCAAAUAG